AUGGACUAUUCGGAAGAGUUGGUUGACGAUCCGGGUGUGCCCUCCCCUUGUAGUUCCCGUGAUGUGACUGUUAGCUCUAAUAUGACAGUUAGUGAAAUUGACCUCUUUAGUGACCAAACAGACAGUAGUGAGGAAUACACGAGUGACGAAGAGUACCAGCCUAGUGACGACGGCAGUGAAUCAAGUAUCGGUGAGUCAUUAGUAGACGAAUUGGAAGACAAUUUUGAUUACGAUGAUUACGAUUUAGCUUGGGAUGAGGACCCAAACUCCAUGAAAACAUUUAUUUUUUCAUCUCCAGUAGGCUUAAGAGUUCCAAUCCCUGGGGAAAAUAAACCAGCGGACUUUUUUCAGUUGUUAUUUGAUGAUGUUCUGCUUGAGUCGAUCGUUAAAGAAACUAACAGUUAUGCCGAAGAAUUGUUUCUAUCCAAAGAUCACUCUGAGAAAUCACGCAUAAGUUCAUGGAAAAAUUUAACUUUGAAUGAAUUUAAAGUUUUUCUCGGACUCCUAUUGCACAUGGGUCACAUUAAGUUGCCUAAGAUCCAGGAUUACUGGAAGAAAGACAAACUUUUCAAAACCUGUUUUGGUGAGUACAUGGCACGAGAUCGCUUCCUUUUGAUAUUACGUUGUCUGCAUUUUGUAAGAGCAGACGCAACAAGCACUGACCGUUUGCAUAAGAUUAGGUCAAUUGUUGAUUAUUUCAAUAACAAAAUGAUUAACAUUUAUAAUGCUGGGAAGGAGCUGUCACUGGACGAAGCAAUGGUCCUAUGGAGAGGUCGGCUAGCCUUUAAACAAUACAUCAAGGGCAAACGCCAUAAAUAUGGCAUAAAACUCUACGUUUUGACUGAACCUAACGGGCUGAUUCUAAAGUUUGCAGUCUAUGCUGGAGCCUUAGAUCAACUGGCUGGUGAAGGACAUGCUAGUAAGGUAGUAAUGUACUUGAUGCGUGAAAAGCUGGGAAGAGCCCAUUCAAUCUAUAUGGAUAAUUUUUACAAUAGUAUAGAAUUGGCUACCGAGCUUCUUGAGGAAAAAACAUACACCACUGGUACUCUUCGAGCUGAUCGCAAGAAAAACCCUAAAACGGUUGUAAAUGCCAAAGUAAAGAAAGGAGAAUCAGUUGAGAAGUACUAUAAGGGUGUAAUGUGUGGUAAAUGGAGAGAUAAGAGAACUGUUCUGUAUCUCUCAACUCAGUAUUAUAAUGAGAUGGGUACAGCAACUAACAAAAGGGGUCAGGAGAAACUAAAACCCUACCCUGUUAUAAAAUACAAUGAAUAUAUGAAAGGUGUAGAUCGUCAAGAUCAAUUUUUAAGCUAUUAUCCAUGCGAAAGAAAAACCCUUAGAUGGUACAAGAAGUUGUUCGUCCACAUUCUUCAGAUGUCCGUACUGAACGCCUUUUUCCUGUUCAACAAACAUACCUUCGGUAAGAAGCUGCCGCUGUUGGAAUUCCGCUUAGAAGUAAUUAGACACCUGUUAUCACCAGUGGACAUCCAGAACCAACGACCGAGAAAAGUGGCGACAGACCAUCUGCCAACGAAAAACCCAGUGGGGUGGAACAACAAGACAUUGCGGCGGCGAUGUGUCAUCUGCUACACCAAAGGUAUACGCAAAGACUCAGUGUACCAGUGUGAGGGUUGUGCUGAAAAACCAGCUUUGUGCCUCGGCGACUGUUUCAAGGAAUAUCAUGGCUAA